CAACAUAUGAUUUCUAAGUUAUUUGUCCCCAACGGUUUGACCCUUGAUCUUUAUAAACAUUCUGUUCCAGUCUUCCAUUUUAUCCCUUGUUUUUACAUGUCAAGGGAAAAUUCUAUUUUUACGCUCCUUAAUGCAAUGCGUUUAACUUGAAUUGACGCCUUCCUCACCUCCGAGCCCAUGUCUACUCGUCAAAGGACACCCGCAGCUUCACCGAGCGUCAAUGGCAGCACAAAGCCAUCCACGACCACAGCCACUGGCAUUGAGGGCCCGAAAAACCCUUCGAACUCGACCAAUUCAGCUUCAAUAAGAGAUAAAUCCUUCUCCUCUCACGACGACCAAAACGACAAUGAUUCCUCAAUCGUCGACCCCCUACUUAAUACCGCCAAAGCCGUGGAGCACCAAGCAGAAAAGGUCUUUCACCUGCUACGCUGGGACGAUCUCCCACACUGGCUUCGUGACAAUCACUACAUUGUGAGCGGCUACCGACCGCCCUCAAACUCGUUCCGCAAAUCUUUUGCCAGCAUUGCUGCCAUUCAUAAUGAAACAUACAACAUCUGGUCACAUCUUGUUGGUGCGGCGUUAUCAAUCAUAGCAGCUGCGGCGCUAUAUCAUGUUAUAGCACCGCGGUAUACCGCGUCUGCAACUUCAGCAGACAUAAUAGUUUUUGGUUGCUUCUUUGGCGGCGCUGCCCUAUGCCUUGGCAUGUCGGCAACAUACCAUACCAUUUCGAACCACUCGCACGAGACGGCGAGCUUUGGCAAUAAGCUUGACUACCUCGGCAUUGUGUUUCUGAUUGCAGGCAGCUUCGUUCCUUGUAUAUACUAUGGCUUCUACUGUGCGCCAACGCUACAGAAGACAUACUGGACUAUGAUCUCCAGCAUCGGCUUCGGUUGCGCAGUUGUCUCAGUAAUUCCCAAGUUCCGAACGCCCGCGUGGCGCCCCUUCCGCGCAAGCAUGUUUGUCGCAAUGGGUCUUUCGGCAGUCUUUCCCGUUCUGCAUGGCCUCCAGCUAUACGGUUUCGAGCAGAUAAAUCGACAGAUGGGCUUGUCAUGGACUGUUCUGCAGGGCUUCUUGUAUAUUCUUGGAGCUGGCAUUUACGCAGCUCGCGUUCCCGAACGAUUUUCGCCAGGCACGUUUGAUAUCUGGGGAAGCUCGCACCAGAUUUUCCAUACGCUGGUCGUGCUUGCUGCUGUCGCUCACCUCAUUGGCUUACUCAAGGCGUUUGAUUAUAAUCACAGCUCUGGUAUAAACGGCGGUAGAGUGGUUUGCUCGUCUCUGUGAGCAGCGCUUAGUCGUGGAAACGAUCGGAUUGACAUAUUUGAAUUGGUGCGCAUUACGAAAGAGAAAGGCCUUGACCUUGUACAUAUUUAAUCUCAUGACAGCAAGCGAAACUUGUACAAUAGCCUGUUUGGCAAAGGACUUAGGCGCAAGUGGGUAGUUUCUUUUUUGGGUAGCAUUAGAUUUACAAAGUCAAAGAGGAAUGACUUGGUGUAUAUAGAUUAACUGUCAUAGAAGUGGAGCAGACUUGAAACAUUUUGCACAUCAAUUUGGGCAAAUAAGAUAGCUGACACUUAUUUUCGUGGCCGCAAUUUGUAAGAUGUAUGCUUUUCAUUUUGCACCAAACUGAUAUUGUUAUGUUUCAAUUGAGUCAGCACAGACGAAAGGUACAAACAUCGCUCGGGAAAAA